GCUGCUGCUAUAAAAAUGGCCGGAGUCGGCGGAGACGCAGAGAAGCGCAGCUCGGUUGCCAGCAGCGAGAAGAAGGAAGAGGAGGAGGAGAGCGACAGCGGCAGCAGCAGAAGCGGCAGCGGCAGCAGCAGCGGCGACGACAGCGACGAGGAGAUGGAGCGCCGGCGCGCCGACGAGCCGCCCGUGCCCGACCUGGGCGCGCCCGUCCAGCUGUACGUGUACGACCUGACGAGGGGCAUGGCCGCCGUCAUGUCGCACAUGCUGCUCGGUCGCCACGUGGAAGGCAUCUGGCAUUCAGCGGUCGUUGCGUACGGCCGCGAAUACUUCUUUGGAUCUAACGGUGUGCAGAGCUGCAACCCGGGUGGCACUGUUUUGGGAGAUCCUGACAGAGUAAUAGAUCUUGGUGAGACAUACAUACCAUACCCUGUCUUUCUGGAAUAUAUUCUUGGAUUAGGUGAAUCAACAUUCAGACCAAUAUCGUAUGACAUAUUCUCACACAACUGUAAUAACUUCUCUCAUGAAGUAGGACAAUUCCUCUGUGGAAAGGGGAUUCCCAAAUAUAUACUUGAUCUGCCAGAAGAAGUUCUUUCCACGCCCCUAGGGCAGAGUCUUCGUCCUGUUAUUGAUAGCCUGAAUCAAAUUUCAAGAGGUGUUGGAAUAAACACUGGUAGUGAUCUGAGAAAUUACACACCACAAGAUUCACGUCGAAGCCGUCAGGAAUCACCAGAAUUUGCUGAAUUAAAUUCAGCUAUCGAAGAAGUCAGACGUAAUUCUGUAGCACUUGAAGAAAGACGAAAUGUUAUUAAUGAGAAACUAGCAAAGAAAGACCGCAAAAAGAAGAAGAAAAAGAAGCGUGAAAAGAAGAGGAUAGAUCAGGAGUGUGGAAGUAGUUCGGCCGAGUUCACUCCCGACAGUGCUAGUUCAAGUCCAAGUCGAACAAACAUGGCUGACAGUGUUAUUGAAGCACCUGAGGAGCAGCAGCAGCAACAAGAUGAGGAAGAGAAAAGGCCACAGCAGUCUGCUGCCGAUGUGGUGGCUGAAAUAGAGGCCGAGGAGAGGAAGGAGCGUGAAGAGAGAAAGAAGCAACGUGAACCACCCAUUGUGUUUAAAGAUGUUGUCAGUGUACCUGCAGAGUUUGAUUCUCUUGUGGAUAAAGUGGAAAACAUUUUAAAUGCUGAAGAGCGGCAAUCCUUGGAGGAGCUUCACCAAUAUAUGUUAGAAGAUGAAGGAUCAUGGGCGCUUGGAGAUGGAUUCCUUAACUUUGUUGGUCGUGUACUUCAUGAUACAUCUCUCAAUCCAGAAGUACGAGUACAUUUGUUAAACUUACUAGCAGCAGCUGCACUCAAAGAUGACGUCAUACUUCUCUUGCACCAAGACCGUCGAGAGCAUGUUCUAAUGAAUUAUGCACAUGAUGUGGACAGACUAACACAGGCAGAACAGGAAUCCCUUGCACUCUUUAUUUGUAACAUGUUUGAAAACUUGAGCAGUUCAGAGUGGCUUUUGUACAUCUCAGAGUGGGAAUACUGUGGGCGAACUAUUAGUAACAUACGUGUUACAACGAAGGUGGCUGUUCAUUCUCUCCUCUCAGAUAUUCCAUUGCUGCAAGAACGAGGCUCUGCCAUAAUCCACAACUUGGCCUGCAAGGAGGUAAAGACUGUGGUGUUUGAUGAUGUAGCUGUCGAGUUGACAAUGGCACUCCUGCAGUUCUUCAACAGCAGCCCUCCAGAAGAGCAUUUAUUCCGUUGCAUGAAAGCUCUUGCCCGUUUCUGUCACAUUGCAAGCCAAGAUGUGCCACAGCUCAUCCAGAUGAUUGGUCCUGAGCCAACAAAAUUCCGUGGCACUUCAGAGAGAAUUGAUGCACUUAUUGAUCAAAUUGCAUCACGCUUACAUUAAUUACAUUAAUUAAUUACAUUAAUUAAUUAAUUAAAGGGACAUGAGACUUUUAUUCAAGUUAUGUAAUACUGAAAUGUUUCUUGUGUAUAUAACUUGAUUAUUUCGACACUUCUUUUGUAUUUUGUGGAAUUGUACAAAGGCUGUAAUAAAAGUAAUAGUAUUUGAAUUGUUAAAAGUGCACGUCAUUUGCCACUGAAAAUUAUUUCCAUUAUUUUGAGAUGGGAAUAUCGGAGUGUAAUAUUUAUUGUUGUGUAAAAUAACAAGAGAGUGAGGCAGAGGGAAUUACAACUGUUAUCUAAAAGACUGAUAUUUUGUAUAAUGACACAAAAUAUUUUUCUGUGGCAUGAUUAUUCAGUUUUACUAAUUAAAAGUGUCAAUGUUAGACAUUAUUACCCCUACUGAUUAUUGUAGGAGCUAAUGGGUCUUCAUAAAGUGAAUGUUUCAGGUGUCGUGAAAGUAAAUGAUUAAAAACAGAUCAACAAUCAGGAUACAGUACAAGAGUAUGUUAGUCAAUAUUCUAAGUGUUUUUUGGACAGUGUUCCAGUGUUAUCUACAUAUUUUAAGCAUUUUAUUUUGAAUUCAACUAUAUGUCUUGUGGUAAUUAUGUAACAUAAUUUACACUGCACAGUCAUGCAGUGCAGUAAUUUGAAAACGUGCCAGUCUAAGCUUCAGAUGUACUUACAAAUUUUCUGUGAUGCUGAGGAAUGGCUUUAGAGUGACUUAACAAAGGAUGUUUUAUACAGAUUUUAAUUUUUUAUUUGUACUUUGUGCCUUUGCUUUUGUAAGUUUAACAAUUUGUGUAUUUAAAUUCAUUAUUUUGUACUUGUUGUGGAUAUAGAGGGCUGAUGACAAUAGUUGCUUCACUGCAGAAAGAAGUUACUUUAGAGAAGUAAUAAAUGACAGUGAGCAUUAUAAAAUGAGAGAUGAUCAGAGAAUGAUCAUUUGUGAUGCAUGUUUGUAGUUUAAUGCAGUUAUCAAAAUAGAACAUUUUUUCACAUCCAGUUGGUGUGCCUCAAAGCUGUGGUGUAUAUAAAAUAUAAAUUGCAAUGUUCUUCCAUUUUGUUGGUUAAAAUACAGUCACACAGACUAAAAAUAAUAAUGCUGCUGGUGCGGCUAGUACUGACAGUUUAUUACUUCCUGUAGUAUUAACUUUGAGAACAGUGUCAUUUUAUUAAGGAAGCAUGUUUUGCUACUGUACUGUACUUAAAAUAAGUGAUAAACACUUUCUGUAUUACAAAAAGCCUACUGUACAUGUCAUCUUUUAAAAAAUGCUAAAUAAUUAGGAUGCCUGUUAUGUACAAUAA